AUGCCUGUAACUUCGACGGAGGUAUCUAGCCAGGAAAACAACCACAGUGCUAGAGAUAUCCGGGCUCUCCUUGACAAGAGAAUUUCAGUCGAACCACCUGCUAGCAAAAGAGACAAGGUGAAGUGGCCGGCGUCCAAUGAUGGUCGAUGGAGUAAGUUUGAUGAGUGUGUGGUAGAGAAGUUUGCAGUGGUUCUCAAGCGGAAACCAUUUCAAGAGAAGAUGGUGAGUCAUUGUGAUGUAGUGUACGACGAGGGUGUCAAGUUGUUUGGUAUUGUUGAAGUAGGUGCUGGUAGUGGAAAGAAGUCCAUGAGCUUUAAGAACAGGCGAAAGGAGGAGAUUGACAGCCUGAUUGAAAAGAGGAAGCAGUUGAGGAGGAAGAAAAGGAAGGCAAGGAGUGAGAUAGAGAAGGAUGUCAAGGGAGUGCUAAAUCCAAGUCCAGUGGGGGAGCUUAAGUGUUCAAAGGAGGAGCUAGAUGAUCACUUGGCCAAAACGUACGGAGAUCCAGCCCGGCAGCAGCCCCUUGGUAUACUUGAGGGUCUGCCUGAGUGUGCUCCUGAACCCUCUGUUGCCUUUGACCUCACAACGGUAUCCAAGAAGGAGUUUGAGGAGGUUGUAAAGAAGGCAAGGAGCAAGAGUGCCCCGGGUAACAACGGGAUCCCGUACACAGUGUACAAGAGAUGUCCUGGUAUUGCCAAGAAUCUCUGGGACCUGUUAAGAACUGGAUAUAAGUUAGAAGAAUAUCCUGACAAUUGUAGGUAUUUCGAGGGUGUCUACAUCCCAAAGGCGGAUGGCGACUUUUCACCAAGUUCAGGACGGCCUAUUUCCCUGGGUAACAUUCAAGGGAAGAUUUAUUUGGCGAUCCUGGCGAAGAGGUUGACCAGCUUUGUUGUCUCGAAUGGAUAUGUAGACCUCUCUAUACAGAAGGGUGGUGUGCCAGGCGUCCGUGGGUGCACGGAGCAUUUUGGUGCCAUGUGGGAGGUACUGAAGGAAGCAAAGGUCAAGAAGAAGGAUCUGAGUGUGGUAUGGCUUGACCUGGCUAACGCUUACGGAGCGGUACCCCAUGUUCUGAUUGCCAGGGCCCUCCGUUUCUACAACGUCCCCGAGAAGGUUAUCAAUAUCAACUUCUCCGGGGUAUUCGGAAGGUUCUCCUCAAGAACGGUGACAUCAGACUGGCAGCAGUUUGAGAUAGGAAUCUUCAUGGGGUGUGUGAUAUCUGUCAUCUUGUUUGUCUUGUGCAUGAACCUUGGGCAUGAACACCUAAAGUCUAAGGUUCCGAGAAGCAUUGAGUACAUCAAGGAUGACACACCGAUACCAACUCUGAAGCUGUUUAUGGACGAUAGCUGUCUGACGACCGCAAGUGCAGAGGAUAUGCAAACGUUACUCAAUGUGUUUCAGAAGUACGUGGACUGGUCCAGAUUUAAGUUAAAGUCCUCGAAGUCCAGAGCACUGGUGUUGAAGAAGGGAGUGGCUGUGAGGUGGGUUGAGGAGGUAGUGGUAGGAGAGGAGGAGGUGGAGAGAGAAGAGGUGUGUUUGCAGUUGGGUGGUGAGGUGAUUCCGAAUGUGUCAGAGAAGCCGAUAAAAUUCCUUGGGAGAUGGAUAAGAGUGGAAGGAAAUGACAAAUCAGUCAUCGACUCAACCAAGGUCGACCUUAACACUUUUCUUCGGAGACUCGAUGAAAGUUCCCUUACUGGACUCCAGAAGUGCUGGGGAUAUCAGUACAUGGUCCUUCCAAAACUGAAGUGGCCUCUUGCCAUCUAUGAUAUUCCGAUCACAACAGUUACCAGAUGGGAACAGAAUACCAAUAGUUUCCUCAGGAAGUGGUUAGGGGUGGGGCACACUCUGAGUGGUCUUUGUCUGUUCAGUCAAUCAUCCAGUGUGGCCUUACCGGUGAGCAGUUUGACAGAUACAUGGAAGAUAGAGAAGUGUCGACUGUUGCAAUCCUAUCAGACAUCUAAGGAUGACCUGAUUAAAGCAGUCCAGCCCCAAGUUCGUUCUGGUAGAGUUUGGAGGCCUGAGACAGAACUGGAAGAGGCCAGAAGAGAUUUGGUCUGUGAAUCGGUGCGAGGGAUGGUGCAACCUCAAAAAAGAGUUGGCAUCGGUUUUGGUGACUGGAAAAAACCUUGGGAGAGGAUGGAUGAGCGGGAAAGAGAGAGGGAGGUUAUGCUGAGAGUGAAGGAGAACAUUGAAAGAGAGAGGGAGGUGCAAGUAGGUUCUCUGGAGAUGCAGAGCAGGUGGGGUGAGUGGAGAGAGCUCGUAAUGAAGACGGAUUUGAGCUGGCAUACACUUUUUAAGUAUGGUGACUCACUUAUUGGGUUCAUGCUAAGUGCUGUGUACGGCACCCUCUUAACCCCCUCUAUGGUUUCCAAGUGGAGUGAAGAUGAGGAUGGGAAGUGCAAGUUAUGUGAGGAGAGGAUGGGCACCAUUCAGCACAUUUUGGCUGGGUGUAAGGUGGCCCUUAGUCAAGGAAGGUAUAGAUGGCGGCACGACAAGGUUCUGAAGCAGAUCUCUGAACAGGUUGUCUUCCAUUGUGAUCGCCGAGUGAACACUUAUAAGAACAAGGCCGGCGAUGGAAGGCAGUUCAUUGAUUUUGUUCCUGCUGGGAAAAGAAAAGCAGGUACAGACGACCGGAAGGAGAGUCGUGGUUUUGGGAUCCUGAGUGGGUAUCGGGAUUGGAUACUGCUGUCAGACCUUGAGGGGCAGCUUAAGUUUCCCAGUGAGAUUGUGGAAACACGGCUGAGGCCGGACCUUGUGAUAUUCUCAAGGUCGGCAAAGACAGUUAUUUGGUGGGAGCUAACAGUACCAUCUGAAGAGCGGAUCGCUGAAUCGCACGAGUACAAGCUCGACCGAUACAGCGGUCUGCAGGCUGAGAUUCAGGCGAAAGGUUGGUGCUGUUAUAAUGCCGCAGUCGAAGUUGGAGCUAGGGGAGUGGUUGCGCAGAGUUUGGAGAGAGCUGCGAGGAGGAUUGGUUUUAGGGGAAGAGAGCUGAAGAAGCUGGUACGGGACAGCGGGAAAGAGGCAGCCCACCCCCUAUCAAGAUUCUAA